CCGUUAUUCUUCCAUAUUAACCGUGUUUUACUGAAGUGAAGUUAAAGUAACGGGUGAUGUCUGAACGGCUUCACAACAUGAACUAAAGGCUCAGAAGCGCUGCAGGGUGUUCAGCACUGGUGGACAGAGGUUUGGUUGUAGCAAUGGUGCUGGAUCUGGGUGAGAACUGCAUGGAGCAGGCUAACGGAGGUGGGCUCUCAAAGAAUGUAUCAGAAAUGUUAGACCCAGAGCCCAGCGCAGAGAAACCCAAACCAGUAAGAGCCAGAACAAACAGUGUCAUCCAAAGAGACAACGGGACCCCCAACGGGCCUCACGUUCAGCCCACCUCUGAUAACAGCACGCAGGUGCACCGAAGGCUCCACAAUCCAGAAUGUGGUAGAAAGGGAGAACCCUCACAGUCGGGGCGACCCGGCAGGCGGGCACCAUGCCAACGACCGCUCAGUCUGGAGCUCAAACCACAGCGGGUUCGAGCACCUCAGCAGCAGCCGGUGAAGAAGCCCCCGUGGCGCAGUGGGGGUCCCUCCCCGCCCGUGAGAAGCUUGACGAGUCUGAGUUUGGGACAUGGAAACUGGCUCCGCAGGAGCGAGAGCACGUGCACUAUGAACUCUUCCACACCCGCACGUGCUGGCAGGGGUCGAAUGCGGCCUGCAACAUCCUUGCCGCACAUUGACAGGGGUAUCGGACCGCUGCCUUCGCCCUCGACCCCUCGUGGACCGUGCCUGCUUGUGGCGCUCCGUCCCAUAAACCUGGAACAGGAACGUCGGACCUUUUUUGAGUCUAACUAUGAGUAUGAACCCCAGUUUGAGUACGCCCCCCCUGAGCCCAUCAGUGUUUUGGAGAAGUACAAAGAAGGAUCUGGUCUUUUUCUCUCACAGGCAGUUGGAAUUAUGGAGUGUGUCUUGAGGAAGUAUGGUACCUAUGAGAACUUUGAAGAGGUCACUGGGGGAAACCUGCUUCCGAAGAGUCAAGUGUGGGCAGCUACACGCAAAUACCUACUGAAGGAGGGCUGCGUCGGUGAGGUGGUAGUAUGUCUCUCUGAUGAGCUUCUGUCCCAGGCAGUAAUGAUGGUAGAGAGGUGUCGACCAACAUUGACUAUCAACUUGUCAGGGGCACGCCAACACUGGCUAGAGGGCAUGCUGAGACAUGAGAUCGGCACGCAUUACUUGCGGGGUGUAAAUAACGGCAUGCAGCCAUGGGCCACUUCUGUUGGAAGAAAGCAAUUUGGACUGAAACCAGCUAAUCCUACCGAAGAGGGGCUCGCCAGUCUUCACAGCGUGUUGCUACGGAAACAGCCCUUCCUGUGGCGAGCCGCUCUGCUCUACUAUACUGUACACCACGCCACCAACAUGAGCUUCAGCCAACUCUUCAGACAUAUUGCAAACUUUGUCCAAGAUCCUGCUGUCCGCUGGGAAUACUGCCUUCGUGCCAAACGGGGACAAACAGAUACCUCCAAACCAGGUUGCUUUAGUAAAGAUCAAGUCUACCUUGAUGGAAUUCUAAGGCUUUUACGGCACAGGAGAAACAUCGAUUUUAAGAUUUUAACCUCGCUUGGCAAGGUGUCCUAUGAAGAUGUAGAGAGACUUCGCCAUUUAGCUGUUCUAAAGAGAACCCGGAUUCCUCACUUCAUGCAGGAUGAGGAACGUUAUCUUCAGCACCUCGACCUCAUUGUUACAGUGAAUGAACUGAAUGAUGCAGAGCUUCAGGAGCUCAUCCCAUGAACAUCUAGAUCCGUUACCGUUGACCAAACAUCGAAGAAGCCAUUGCAAAAUUUGAAAACCAUUUCUUAGGUUCUCUAAAACUGUGUAUCGAAGUGUAAAAAUAUUGUUUUUCAUCGAAUCAUACACACAUGAUCAAACAUACAGUAGAAACAUAUUACAUACAGCAUGUUUGUGUCCAGCGAUAGUCAUUUGUUAUAUAAGUGCCAUAAUAUCCAGCAGAUUUGUUUACUAAUACAACGAUUGUCUGUUUUGUAAAACCACAUUACUCUCAGGCAUGUUUGGAUUCUUGCAGAUGUUUGGAAUAGCAUACUUCCAUACUACUUGUAUUGUUAUUUUUAGUAUGCAGACUGUAUAGGUAAAAUGCCCGAAGGAUGUAGAACAACCAGGAGCGCUCAUCCUUACAUUUCAAGUGUUGCAAAUUUUUUUCUUAACUGCCAAAACGAACAAAUAAUACAAAAUUAUUUUAUGUAAGAUAACACCACUGUUAUCCUUCAAAAUGUCUAGUGUGCCAUGUUUAUCGUUUUAAAAGAAGCACACUGCACGGUAUACAGUACACUAGUAUUCAAUUCCAAACACGUUCAUGCUCAUGAAAAGCUGAUAGUGAAGUAGCGUUUUUACUGUACUUGUAAUGGCACAUCUCUAAUAAGUGAGAUCACACACACAAGGCAGAAAUAUAUGAGCACUAAACCACUCAAAGUAUUUAUAUAAGAAUUCUUCCACACAUGCACCUACGCAAAGUCUCUUCUGCUAUUGAAUUUAAACCGCUUUUAAAUGUCUUUGUCUAUUAUUUAUGUAUUUAUUAUUUGAUCGCAUUUUGGAUUCAUUCUUAGACUUUAAUGUCUGUGGUAAUGGCUUUAUACUCCAGUAGCAUAACGCAUACUUUCUGCCAACAACGUUAACAAGCUUCAUGGGACAAGCAACACUAAACAGCAAAGACUGUUCAAAACAAACUUCUUCAAUGAAUGGAAAAAAACAUAUAUCCUCUUUUGGCAUUUCCCAUCAACAUUAACAAAAUGCCACUAUUUAACUUUUUAUAUAAAGAUAAUCAGUGUUUUGAGACCUUCAUUACUAAUGUGAUGUGAUGCCUUUGUGUGUCGCCUGUAAGUGUGUCAUGCCGAUUUAAAGCCGUCCAUCUGGCCAGCUUCCUAACUGUGCAUUACAAGAUUGUGAAGGACUCAGGAAUACAAACGGGGAGGUCCAUGUGGAUGUGCCUUAUAUGUUUAAGACAUCAUGGCUACUUGAUAUAUGCUUGAAAUUACAUAUCCAGUUGUAUUAUUCUCAUUGUCUGUACUGCACGAAAAUUGCACAUUUCACGAUAUGUUACUGUUACGUUAUUAAACGUCAACACUUCAGAAUCAGUGUGUCAGUCUGUAUCAAUUUCAUUUGCAUU